UAUAGAUCGUGCCCGGACCGCCAUUGUUGCCAGAAAUGGGUGUGGAUUGUGGAGCGCCGAUGGCGAUCGAUGUAAGGGAUUGAGUAGAGAAGGGAGGGGGAGUUUUAUGAAUUCCGGCGUCGGAUCGCCCUCGAGGAGGAGCUGGACGCAGCCGCAGUUGGGCCUCGAGAAGGGAAUGAGUAGCCCCAUCUCGGCCUCCACUUUGGCGGUGGGUCCCGAUGAGGUGGUGGAGAUAGAGGGACCGGUUUCCGCCGCUGCUCCGCAGAGAUCGGACCCCUCGGCCGCCGUCGAUCCGGCGGAGUAUGCCUCGAUGUUGAAGGAGAAGCUUGAUCUGUAUUGCGCCGCUGUCGCCUUGUCCAGGAGUUCUAGUGCAGAUCCUCAAAGUUGUGUUUCCAUAGCUGAUACCAGUUUGCUGUCUUCAGAUUCUUUGCAAUAUCAAUCUCAGGCAUCUACAAAUGAUGAUGUUGAACUUGAUAAAGAAGCAGAAGCAUUAGAGACUCUAGAAGUUGCCCAAGUGAAACGUGUAAAAAGGAUGCUUUCAAACAGAGAAUCGGCAAGGCGUUCAAGAAGGAGAAAACAAACACAUCUAAAUGAGCUUGAGGACCAAGUUUCACAAUUAAGAGUUGAGAACUCCGUGCUUUUAAACCGUCUCACUAACAUGAAUCAGAAGUACAAUGAAGUUGUGGCUAAUCGUAAGAUACUGGAAGCAGAUGUGGAAACUUUGAUCUCCCAGGUGAAGAUGGCAGAGGACAUUGUGAAAAGGGUAACAGGAAAGUGCCCUUCCGAUCAUGCUAUUUCAACAAUCGGCACCCUGGGCGUCAAAGCAAAACCCCCAUCUGAAGCAACUUCCGAUACUGUUAUUGCAAUCCCUGAUAACUCAAUUUAUUUCUACUUGGGUUCAGCUGAUGAAGAGAUAGUAAACACAUGCCUCAUGGAUAUCACCUCUGGUCUGCCUUGCAAAGAUGCCCCCCACUGGGAUCUAGACCAGGGGAAAAUGCACCGACCUGGUUCGAUACGACGAGUGGGUAGCUUGGAGCUACUCCAGAAAAUAAUUUGCCGGGAACCAAACUCUUGCACGUCUUUACAAAGGGAUGCUGACUACCUCGUGGGACCCAACGACCUUUGAAUAACAAGCUGAACUCGAAUGUAGCUCAAUUCUGGUACUCUCGCCGUAUCUGUUGAAUUUAUUAGCUUGUCGCACAUAGUGAGCAUGGAUGCUUGUAUGAGAUGUUCAGGUGAGAUCUCUGAAUCUGUAAGUUCAUGAAUCGUGUUUCAGUCAAUCUAUCGAUUUUCUUUGCCUUGUGUGGACUAAAA